AUGAAAACAGAAAUACGCGUUGACGGAGGCCGUUUUCGGCUGGACAAGAAAAUCGGAAACGGCUCCACUGGAUGCGUCCUUAGAGGAACUGACCUGAAGACAAACGACGCAGUGGCCAUCAAAGUAGAGUCACAGGAGCGCCGUUCACAUCAUCUGCAACACGAGCGAGAGUGCUACGAAGAGAUGGCCGGCGAGUUGGGCAUUCCUCGCGUGCGCUGGUUCGGUCAAGAGGGCGACUACAACGUCCUGGUGAUGGACCGCGUCGGCGAGAACCUCAAUGAACUUCUGCAGGACUGCAGUGGAAAGUUUUCCCUCCGUACGGUGCUCAUCCUUGCUGGUCAAAUGAUUUGCCGCCUCGAAUCGCUGCACCGGCACGGCCUGGUGCACUGCGACGUCAAGCCGAGCAACUUUGCCGUCGGUCGUGGCGCCCAGGGCAACUGCAUCUUCCUCAUCGACCUCGACCUCGCCCGUCGCUACCUGGACCCAGCCACGGGGGCGCACAUUGACCAAGCGAAGACCAGCUACGCCGGCACAGACCGCUUUGCCAGUCGAAACACUCUCCGCUGCAUUGCUCCGAGCCGCCGAGACGACCUGGAGAGUCUCGGCUACACGCUUCUCUACUUCCUCAAGGGCAGCCUGCCUUGGCAAAGUUUGGGCAAGCGGUACUACAACAGCGAUGCAAAGCGGCGAGAGAUCUGCCGCCUAAAGAACAACCCGGGAACGCUGAAGCAGCUGCUACAGGGGGCGCCGCCCCUCUUCUCUACCUACCUCAACUACGUGCGCAACCUUGCCUUCAGGCAGGAGCCGGAUUACGCCUACCUGUGUUCUCUCUUUUGGGAGCAUUUUGAGCAGCGGCAGUUCUCCUACGAAGAUCUCUGGGACUGGGAUCACCUGGCGAUGAUGGAGAACACCGACCUGCAGGCGGUCACUGAGGAGGACAUUGACUGGACCAGUCGCAGCUACCGACGGUCGCACGUUCUUGAGGCGCUGGGAAAGUGUACAGAAUCUGCAACUACCACUGCUGUUUCGGAGACUACUGCAGUUGAAGGUGCUAAGGAGAAUGGCGAUUCCACCACUUUGGAGCCACAGAUUAUUCCCCUUACCUAUGAAACACUGCAGGAGCUGCUUUAG